GACUGUAUUAGGGGAUUCCUUGCGGGAGGUGGUCAGAAAAGCAGUCAGUAUCUGGUGUGACCACCGUUUUCCCCACGCAUGCAAUGCAACAAACCUCCUUUCCAUAGAGUGGAUGAGUUCUGCCGUUGAUUCACGGCCAUCACCUCAUGUUCCAGAAUGAUCAUGACCCCAACUUGCAAGGAUCUCAACACAAUUUCUGGAAACUGAAACCGGAAAAUGUCCCCCAGUGAGCAUUAUUGACUUACUCCACAAUAGCACAACCAACAGCAUCCUCCAGGUUCUGGCGCCAUUCUGCAACUGAGCGCAGACAAUGAAAAGGAGUGGACCAACAUUCCACAGGCCACAAUCAACUAAUUGACCGGAUCUGUUGUAGCUUUUGCUUGUCUUGACUCUCUUGUCUGCUGCCAGAUGAGCAUAACACAUGAGAAUCAGUUCUGGAUUGCCUUACCUGUUCAUUGUAAAUUAAAUGACAAAAAAAAACUGUCAUGGAAGCAAAUGGUUCUCACACCAGACUGACUGGCUUCUAUUUUAGUUCCAUAUAUAAAGACUAGGAAACGCCGCAAAUGGUGUCUCGUACCUUCUCUUAUCACAAAAAAAGCAAUACAUCCUUGCAAAAAGCUGGAUUUGCCUCGGCUCUAAAAGUUUAAAACAUACGGCUGAGUGCGCCUCAUGAAUUGGUGAGCGCAGAGCCUACUCCAGCUUCCUUUGUGGGAAACUGCCCACAUCCUGACGUCAAGGCAACAUGUGAUCUUUUUCUUCCCGUGCUGCCUCGCACCCCGAUGCAGUCACACAGCAGCUCUUCAGCCGUGAGGUACAUGCGAUACAAUACUCCCACUGCAUAAGAAUCAGCAUCCGUAUAACGCCAGUACAGGUGAAGAUGAUCGCCGAGCCCGGUCCCCGUUAACUAUGGCUUCCCUGGGCCCUCCGGCGUCCCUCCUGUGCGUCCUGCUGUGGGUGUCGGUGGCGCCCCAGCGCUCAGACAGGCAUCUGGCGUACGUGACUCACGACAGCUUCUUCUACUACUCGUGCAGCCAGGAGCCGGACGCGUGCAACGAGGCAUCACUGGACGCCUGCUGUUGCCGGGACAUCACGCUGCCAACUCUGCGGCGCUUCCCGGCGGCGCCCUACUCUUCGCCGGUAUUCCACAGGCGGCGCCUGACCGUGUGGUACACAUCGCCCUGGAACGCCGCCCGGCUGCUCAACAACUCGGAGGUGCUCCACCUCACCCUGAUGGACUGCGGCGGGCGUCGGGAAAGCGGCGCCCCACUUUUGGAGGGACACUUCGCGGUGCAGCAUCUGGAGAGGCUUAGCAUCAUCGACUUCCCGCAAAUGCCCCAAAGAAAGAUGGAGUCCGAGAACGACAACGACCUCCAUUUUGACGCCGACAGGUGGAGGUCGCGGGCCGCGGCGCAGGUGCAGGACAUUUUCCUGGGUCGGGAGCUGGGGGCGGCCUUCCAUGAGCAGGCUCGGCUGGGCGUCAUCCACGGUUCGGUGCUGCAGGGCGGGGCGGCCGGUGUCAAGGUGUACACGGUCCAGACGCAUAUCGACAGCGAUGGCACGAUGCCAUUUCCCCACCUGCGACUGCCCAAACUCCCGGAAACUUCCGUCAUCUAUGUCAGCUUCGUAUACAGGAGGGAGCAUAAUGAGGACUAAGUUGGACCCGAUUGAUUAAUCGGUUGCAUGACUAAAUAGGCCGAUAUUACCUAAUUUAAAGUAUAUCGGAAUGGGCAUCAGCC